CUUUCUCCUUCCAACUGCAGCCUGCAGGGGUGCAGGGAUUGAAAAUUAUCGGCAGUGUGACUAGUCAAGUGAAAAUCUGUUCAUCAUGGAAGUAGAACGCGCAGAAUUAUUCAAGGGUGGCUCGGACCUUUGCCAGCAGCUCAUGGACCGUUAUGCCAACUCUGCGGCGCCGCAGCACCGGCACCUUCUCGCCACCGCCGCAGCCAUGCAUUCCAAUCUCACCGCCGAGUCCCUCCCUCUCACACCGCCGGCUUAUUUUGCCGCCAUUAUUUCUGCACUUGAUACUGCGUCUUCGUCCGAGUCCUUGGACCCGACGGCCGUUUCCGCACUCUUGUCUUUCCUGGCCAUCGACCUUCCCCUGGUGCAACCCGGUGGAAUUGCGCCCGCAAGGGCGAGUGAUGCUGUUGAAGUAUUGGUCAAGGUGGCGGAGAGGGAAGGGGAGGGAUUGGGUGUCUCUAGUGUGAGGGCGGCGGUAAAGUGUUUCGGAGUUUUGAUGGGGUUUUGUGACUUGGAGCUUUGGGACACUGUCAGACUGGGCUUCGAAGCACUGAUGAAGUUCUCCAUCGACAAGCGUCCCAAGGUGCGAAGAUGUGCUCAGGAGUCUCUUGAGAAGGUUUUCAAGUCUUUCCAGUCUUCCAGAGUUGUUAUGGAAGCCAGCAAGUUCGUUUUGUCGGUGCUGAGAAGUUACAUGCCUUUGGCUACAAACUUAGUCACGUCAAGGACUAGUAAUGGCUCUAAAGAUGAUAUGUCCUCCAAACCUGAACAUAUGGAGGUCCUCUAUGUUCUAAACGUACUUAAGCUUACUGCUCCUUGUCUUUCUGCAAAAGUCAUUUCAAAAGUGCUUUCAGAAAUGCAUAAAUUAAUUGAUUCCCAGUUCUCAGCACUUACAAGGCAUGUUCUUAAAACCAUUGAAGCUAUUUUUGAAGCUUCAAGAUCUGAAAAUAUAGUUGUAGAGACAGAGAACAUUACAGUUUCUCUUACUUCAUAUGUGUCUUUGGGAGAUAAGAACCCCCUGGAUACUGUAAUUUGUGCAGCAUCCUUGUUAAGCCGUGCAUUGGACAUGCUUCAUACUGGACAGUCAAGCUCUUGGAUCAAGAAUCUUCCUCAUGUUUGUAGUUCUGUUGUGGGUCUUCUAACUUCUGAGGCAAGCACUGCAUCAGAGGCUUCAAGUAUUUUGAAGGAUGUGCUGAAGCGUCAUGUGCACCCACUAAGCUUAUUAAUCAAUGCGGAUCAAAUAUCCUCUGGCAGGAAUCAGGAAAGUUUUGAAAGCAGUGCUUUGAAAGCAACAUGUGCCGUUUUUGAGGAUGCCCUUUCAAGUGGCGUUGGAAUUCCAAAUGAGCAUAUUCUGUCUGUCAUAUCUGUUCUGUUUCUUGAGCUUGGUGAAAUCUCGUUUGUGCUUUUGAGGAACAUUGUGCUUAAACUUGCUGACUUGAUGACCCACAAUUCUGAAGGUGGCAAUAGUGUGGACCAUCUUCAGAAAUGUUUUGGUGCUGCUGUUUUUGCCAUGGGGCCAGAGAGGAUUCUUAUGCUUUUACCUAUCUCUCUUGACGAACAUGACUUGACUUAUUCAAAUAUUUGGCUGAUACCUAUUUUGAAGUGCUAUGUAACUGGAGCAACCCUUGCAUGCUACAUGGAUCAUAUCAUGCCUCUUGCGAAGUCCUUUAAGAAGGCUAGUCAUAGAGUAAAAAAGUCAGCGAUUAGCCAAGAUCUGCAGGUUCGAGCUCAUGAGCUCUUGGCAUUGCUGCCUAGCUUUUGUCGUCAUGCAACGGAUACUUACCAGAGGUUUUCCAGUCUGUCUGAUAUUCUUAUUACUUUCCUCAAGAAGAACCCUUCUAUGCAUGAAAAUAUUUCCAUGGCAUUACAGAUUCUUGUAAAUGAGAACAGAAGUGUGAGCCAGCAAAAGAGUGAGUCAAGCUGCUAUGCACUACGAGAUUCUUGGAUGGAGUUUGGAACUUCACCUUCCUACUCAAAGAAAGAAGCCAAUAGAAACAUCAAGGCUCUGGCCUCUUGUUCUAACCAAUUGCUUCGUGUACUAUCAGACUUGUUUAUAAAUUCACACUCCGGCAAUCACAUUCCUUUAAAGGGAGCAGUUGGAUGUCUGGCUUCUAUCACUGAUUCUUCUGUAACUAAAGAAAUCUUUGCGUCAUUACUUAAAAGGUUUCAGUUUAUUGACUAUGAAGGUGAAUUUGAAGAGCUGAAGAAUGACGAUCAAACUUUAGAUAGUGAACCAAGUGACACAGAGGGAGAUUCUCAAAGGCAAUUGAUAUUGGAAUUGGCAUCAUCUCUUGUUGAGGGAGCCAAUGAUGAUCUUGUUGAGAUGAUCUAUGCUUUAACUUUAAACUCUUUUCAGGCUGCUAAUGAGCGGGUUCAUCAUGAGGCUUACUGCACUUUGAGCAAAAUUUUGGAGGAACACACAUCUUUUUGUUCUUCUCGAUAUGGAGAGCUUAUUGAUUUCUUGCUAAAUCAGAAGCCUCCAAGUGAUAUUGCAUGUCUUAGAAGCCGAUUUGCUUGUUUCCACACUUUGAUGAUACGCACAAUGAAGAUGAGCUUGGAGGAGGAGGUGGACUCAAAAGCCUUUUCAAUUCUCAAUGAAAUAAUUCUCACAUUAAAGGAUGGCGACGAUGAAGCUAGGAAACAGGCAUAUAAUGUACUCCUUGAUAUUGGCUCCGCGUUGAGAGACUUAUCUUAUGAUGGCCCGACUGCACCAUAUCAUAAACUCAUUAACAUGAUAAUGGGGUAUCUUUCUGGUUCAUCUCCGCAUAUACAAAGUGGGGCAGUGUCUGCACUGUCUGUUUUGGCGUACAAGGAUAUAGACAUCUUUCUCUCAGUGUCUGAUCUUGUUCCAUCUCUUUUGUCUUUGCUGCAUACCAAAGGUGUUGAAGUCAUAAAAGCUGUGUUGGGCUUUGUAAAAGUGAUUGUCUCCUGCUUACAAGCAAAAGAUCUGCACAACUUCCUCUCAGAUAUUGCAACUGAAGUCCUUCCCUGGUCGUCUGUCUCAAGACAUCAUUUUAGAUCAAAGGUCACUGUCAUAUUUGAGAUAAUAAUACGGAAGUGUGGUGCUGCAGCAGUCAAGGCGGUUGCCCCUGGGAAAUACAUGGGUUUUAUCAAGACAGUGCUAGAGAACCGCCAUGGCAGAUCGAGUGCAGUGGAAGAUGUCAAUAAUGAUGCAGAAAGUGUUCCUGAAUCUGCGAAGGGGCCAAAGCAGAAGAAGCCCAAGAAUUUAGAUUCUCAGGGGAAUGGUGCAGGCAAACUUAAAAAGAGAAAGGAAGAGAAGAAAUCUGAUCAUGAAUCCGAUUCCGCCAAAAGAGCUAGGCGUUCUUAUAAUAAUAAUAAUAAUAAUUCAAAGAAAGGAGGUCAACAAGGAGGUAAGAAGGGCAAUUGGAGUAGUAAGAAUAAAGGUGUCGCUGGUGGUGGGAAGAGAAAAGUAAUGCCUAAGGCUAAGAGUACUGGGAAGGAUAAGGCAGCUUCUCAUGGAUCCAUGAGAUCUUCCAAAUCCCACAAGACGAAUAGGUAAAUCACAACCAAAAUGAGAAGCAAUCUGCAUCAAUCAGAAAAGCAAGUGCUACCAGCAAAUGUGCGAAGCAUAAAGUUUUCCUGGGGAGAUUAGUGAAUCCCCAUCUGAGUGGGGGAGAUGACAGGUAAAAUAGUAUCUGCAGGUUUUUUAAUGUCUAAGCAUAAAGUUUUCAGGCUAACCAAGUGUAAUUGAUUUGCUGGCUUUCAUCAAGUUCUAGGUUUGAAUCUCUUGGCUAACUCCUCUAAAGGUUUUUAAAUCAUAGGACUAUUAUACUUCGAUGCAUAAACCGUAAGGUUGCAAAUUUUGUCCAUUGUUACAUGUAUUCAUAUUGUUAAUCUACUAAUAUCUAUAAGACAACAAAAAGAUCUGUAAUGAUUAUAAGUAUUUAUCCUGCACA